AUGGCAGCCACCGCAGACUCUGGAGUAAAAGUCCCUCGCAAUUUCCAACUGUGGGAAGGCCUUGAAGAAGGGCAGAAAGGAGAAGGAGAUGGCACAGUUAGCUGGGGUCUAGAAGAUGACAAAGACAUGCUUACAAGAUGGACAGGGAUGAUAAUUGGGCCUGCAAGAACAAUCUAUGAAAACCGAAUAUUCAGCCUUAAAACAGAAUGUGGACCUAAAUACUCAGAAGCACCCACCUUUGUAAGAUUUGUAACAAAAAUUAAUAUGAAUGGAGUUAAUAGUUCUAAUGGAGUGGUGGACCCAAGAGCCAUAUCAGUGCUAGCAAAAUGGCAGAAUUCAUAUAGUGGCAAAGUUGUCCUAAUGAUGUCUAAAGAAAAUAUGAAACUCCCUCAGCUGCCUGAAGGACAGUGUUACAGCAAUUAACCAUAAAAGAAAAACCACAGGCCCUUCCCCUUCCCCCCUAAUUGAUUUAAGCAGUCUUCAUUUUCCACAGUAGUUAAUUUUUUAGAU